AAAAAAUGGCUUCCAGAGAAGGAGACACGGCUCUUUGGCUUCAUAAUAAGCUUGGUUCCACCGAUGACCUAUGGUCGGGCCGGUCAAUAUGCAGCCAGUUAACACAGGACAAACUCCAGAGUAUUCAGAACUGUUUCCAUAGCCUUCAACCAUAUGUGAAAGUCAAACUUAUGCUUUCUUUCAUCCAUAUUCCUCAAAGAAAUAUUGAGCAGUGGCGAUCUGACUUAGAGUACAUCUUGGACAUUGCAAUGGCUGAUAGUGAUCAAUGGGUUUCCAUGGUAGCAGAGAUAUUCAGACCCUAUCCACGAUCGGGAACUCUGAACCUUGAAAUUGACCCACAAAAUUCUUUCUUCCAGGAACAUUUAUCUGAUUUGAAAAAACUAGUGAAGAAAUCAUCAGAUGCUCACAUGCUACCAAUGGAAUCUCUCUACCUGGGCAAGAAUGCAAUCACAGCUGUUGCUGGGCAACAACCGCAACCUGUCAAAAACUUUACAUUGAAGAGGAAGCCUAAGUCUGCAGCUUUGAGAGCUGAGUUGUUACAAAAAUCCACAGAAGUAGCAUGCAAUCUCAAGAACAAACCUGGGGACAGAUCCAUGCCAUUUAAGAUGAGAAGUUUUGCGAAGAAAAUGGAUGACACAACACCACUGAAAGGGAUCAGGGAGAGAGUUCCCUCUGGCAGUAGUACACCUGGGUUUAUACGCACCCCCAUCUCCCAUCGUCUCUCUCACACACCAAUCAGUGGCACUCGGACACCAGCCAAUAGGAAAGAAGGAGGAAUAAAAUUGUUAGAUAUCAAUGAGGUGCCGUUAGGAACAAAAGAAGCAAAGAAAAGACGCAGACAAGCAGAGCAAGAUGAGCGUGCCAAGGAGAAAGAGGCCAGUGUUACUACGGUAACCCCUGACUACGCAGCAGGACUUAUGUCACCAAUGACGAAUAUUACGCCAAUCACGCCAGUUACUCCUAAAACUGAUAAGAACCCAUUCUCCAAUAGUGGUCCAACCUAUACACCUCAGUCGUCAAGGCUACCUUCUGCCUCAACAGGGGGCACUACUGUCCUACCAGUGUCUGGCAUCGGAUCAGCAACCCAACAAGCCCGCAAUAAUUUAUCUCAACAACUCCAGUCUCAGCUUAAGCCUACCCAACCUUCAGAGCCCCCUGGUGUUGUAGCAGGGGAUCACGAACCUGUACCACCUACUCAAAAUUCAGAACAAAACUCCGACCAACCUGCCAAAAAAGGAUUAUCAUUAACUCGAGAGCAAAUGUUAGAAGCUCAAGAGAUGUUCCGCAAUUCAAAUCGUGUCACACGUCCGGAAAAAGCUCUUAUACUAGGCUUUAUGGCGGGAUCUAGAGAAAAUCCUUGUAAGGACCAGGGAGAUAUAGUAAAUGUUAGACUCAGCGAAAGCAACGAGAGUGUAAAACAAUUUGAUGGCUUGUAUAAGCCAAUGGUAGUGGACCAUUAUUUCCAAAUGAACUACGCCACUGGUGAAUGGAGACGUGUCCAGAAAUACAGAGAGAUUGAAAUUGACCCCACUUAGCACCAAGCAUGUCAGUGCCAGCAUUUAUCAAUUUUGCAACAGAGAGAUAAUUUGACCAAAAUAGAGUACAAAAUUUAGAAAUUCACAUGAAAUUAUAGCCUCUAAAAAAUGCUUUUGCAUUCAUGCUACAGAGUCUGAAAAAUAAGUAAAUGUGAAUUCAUUUCAAUAUGAUAUGGAAAAUUACACAGAUCUCCCAAUAUACUGUAUAUUGAACAUUCUGCAACACUCCUACUGGAGUUAUUGAGUGUGUAUUGUUAAAGCUGAAAAUGCUUCAUUGUUAAGUAAAUUGAAAACGGACCAAAGAUAUCAGAAAUGAUGUCAGUCAUGGAAUUUGUUAAUGAUUGCAGUCAUGAUUGAUUUUGCAGUCCUUUUGUAUAAUUUGUGCCUUCAAUGUAUUUUGUACGCUCAUAGCUGCGCAUUUAGUUUACCAUAUGAUGGUAUUGAGCAGUGGUGUUGUUAAUAUAAUUUUGUGCAAUACAGGUUGUAUGUAUGCUUGUAUUGUUAUAAUUUUCAAUAGCAUUCAAAAUUGCUUAAUGUUUGGUUCAAUUUUCUUUCAUAUCACAAUGACGUGAGUUCUUUUACAUAACAGUAGCUACUUAGUACUAGGAGUGUCAAUUGAUUUUGUAUGUUCAUAUAACUACAUUUUCAGAAUGAGGAAAAAUAAUUUAAGAAAUAAGGUGGCCAUUUGUCAGAUUUCGUUCAGAUUUUAUGUGCAGAUGCCUUUUUGGUAUAGGACUGCUCAAGAAGGAAUGCUGAAUUCAAAAUGGCCA